AACAUUAAAAGCAAGAGCUCUAAAGGAAGUAUGGAAUAUUGCUGCAGUAACACCACUAGAGAAAUGAAUGGGGGGUAUGACAGUAUGUGGAAAAGCUAAUAACAUAAACAACAGCACCAGUGACAGUGGAGAAAUUGUGAAUGGAGAUAAUUUUUCAGGUUCCGGCAUCCAAGAGCUACUUGCUAAGGGCAGUGAAUUACUCAAACGGACUCGCAACGGUGAUCUGCAUUGGAAAAUAGUUUCUGUUUACAUACAUAGAACAGGACAAGUAAUGCUGAAAAUGAAAAGCAAACUUGUUGCAGGAGCUAUUACUACCAAAAAGAACAAGAGUAAGUAA